GAAUAUUUGUUUCAGGUUUGGGGGCUUCAGGUUUCAGGCCACUCCUUGCUACAGACAGCCCCCGAACCUAAAACAAAUACUCAAGACUUGGCUGUAUCUAGAUGCUACUUUAGUUCUAAAGCUUUCAUCCAGUUACAGCAUUUUUAAGGCCCCCUCUGUGCCAUAACUGUACACAAAUCUCCUGAGUUGCUUGUAGAAUAGAUGAGUCCUGUCACUUUUAUGCAUAAGUCUACUGGCAGCAGUGAAAAUAAGGACCAUGUUCCCUUCAAAAGUAGAGAAGGUACUAGCGCCAUUCCAGCAGGAAGAAAGCAACCAUAAACUGAGGCUGAGGGGGACCUCCCAGCCUGCUUCCAUUAUUUCGUUUGACAGGGUGGGAGGGAGACAAGAGGAUGACAGGAGGAGUUCUUUCUGCCAGCAAGAAGAAAGGUUUUUGAGUUGCAGGCUUGUCAGAAGUCUGUACAAAAGAUGGAGUCACCAAGAUGAGUUCAGGGAGAGCAGCCUGGUAAAAAUCUCAACACUUUCUCAGUUCUUUCUAUUGACCAGCUGGAUACUUAGGCUUUGUCUACACUGCUACUUACAGCAUCGAAACUUUAUUUGCUCAGGGGUGUGAAAAAACACCCCCCUGAGUGAUGCAAGUUUCAGUGCUGUAAAGUGGUAGUGUAGCUAGUGCUACAGCGCUGAGAGCCUCAUCUCACAUGGGUGGUUUUAUUAUAGCACCGGGAGAGCUCUCUCCCAGCGCUGGAGCCACAGCUACAGAGCUGCAUUAACAUUGGUUGUGUAGACAGACCCUAAGAUUAUAUAUGCCAGUUAGUUUAUUUGCUGCCCAUAUCAAGGCCACGCUUAAAUAUUGAAUAUGUAUGUAUGUUUUAGAAUUCUAGUUCUAUAGCAAUGCAUUUAUAACUUAUUUAAAGUUUCUUUAAAUUGUUUCUUUGUGGUCAUUUUGCCUUAUUUCUCUCUAGUCACAGAGGUGGAGUAGCUACCUUUCUAUAUUUCUGCUGUAGAAUACAAAUUAGUAAGUGGCUGAAGAAUAAACUUUUUUUUGUUUCUUUUCAGGGGAUUCAUAUGUUUUUCCUAUAACUUAAAAGAAAAUGAGUGCAUCUAGUGUUUCAGGAAAAGUGGAAACCUGGCUUUCUUCUACGUGGCAUGUUAAAGUUCCUCUGACAUGGCUAGAAGCUUGUAUUAACUGGAUCCAACAAGAAAAUGGUUGUAAUUUAACUCAAGCUCAAAUUAACAAACAGAUUGAUUCACUGGUGGAUGUUAGCCAGCCUGCAUAUUCCCAGUUGCAAAAGAUAAGAGGGAAAAAUACUGUAAAUGAAGAAGUAACAGCCAACACUCAGGUGCCCCAAAAGUCCUGGGAAGCAAAGCCUACUCGAAUGCUCAUGCUGCAGCUAACUGAUGGAAUACAUCAAAUUCAGGGUAUGGAAUACCAACCCAUUCCUGUCCUCCAUAGUAAUCUUCCUCCAGGUACAAAAAUUACAAUACAGGGUAACAUUGCAUAUCGUCUUGGAGUUCUUUUGCUAAAAUCAGAAAAUGUGAAAUUGUUGGGGGGUGAAGUAGAUGCUCUUCUAGAGGAGUAUGCUCAGGAAAGAGUCCUUGCCAGGUUAAUUGGAGAAGCUGAGAACCCUAAUCCUGUCAAGCAGCGUGAUCAUGAACAAGGAAUUUUAGGAGCUGUUGAUGAACUAGGACAAACUCUAGGACCUUCAGAUGAAGAGCUUCUAGCAAGCCUUGAUGAAAGUGACGAAUUUACCAUAAAUCAUGCAAUUCCUUUAGAAAGUGGAUAUUGUAGCGGAAGUAACAACUUGAAUACAGCCACACAUUUGCUCCUUUCAAGCAAUGAAAACUACUCACAACAGGGAUUUGGGAUCCUCUUGCCUGGGGCAAAUGAAGAACAAAGUGUUCCAACUGUGGAGUAUGUUGAUGGAGAUUUAGAUGACCUCUCAUUGGAAGAUGACUUGUUUUUAGAACAGGAGAUCCAAGAUGAAAUUCACACAGUGCAGUCACCGGUCAUAAACAAUACUAUAGAUAUAAUUACACAAAGAUUUUCACAUAUGCCUAGAUCUUCACUAAGUUACACAUCUGAAAAAGAUGGCAGAGGUCAGCUGGAUUCAGUUAUCAAAGAAAAAUCCUGUGGGAGAGAAUUGUCUGGUGAUGAAAGUAGUACAAGUAACUUUUCACUACACGAUAACGUACAACACUCCCAGAGCUUUACCAAUGAUUUCUCCUUGGAAAAUGUUCUUGAACAGAAGUGUAAUAAGAUAGAUGUAGUUAAGAGCAGUCAAAACUGUAGUUUUUCUAGCAGCAGAUUGUUAAACAAAAGACCAGUUAAACAACCUGAUUCAGAGAUAAACAAACAAAAUUGUGUACAAACCCUUUCUUACAGAACAACGGAGAAAUGCAAAAGUCUUGCAUUAGAUUCCCCACCUUUUACAUAUAUUUCUGUUCUACUCGCAUAUACCCCAGAAACUGUUGCAACAGUGAAAGUUAAAGCUUUUAUUGUAACCCUUACUGGAAAUCUCACAAGCAGCAGUGGCUUCUGGAGUAUAAUGGCAAAAAUCUCUGAUGGUACCGCUUAUCUAGAGGUAGACAUUGCUGAUGAAAUUCUAACAAGCUUAAUUGGAUUUUCAGUGCCUGAAAUGAAACAAUUAAGGAAAGAUCCCAUUCUACAUCAAAAGCUUAAGGAUGGUUUACAGAAAUGUCAAAGAGAACUGAUAGAUCUUUGUUGUUUGAUGACUAUUGAAUUUAAUCCCUUUCAGUCUAAAGCAACAUUACUAAUUUUACAAGAUGUUGAUGUAGUAGAUCUAGAAAACUUGAAGAAACGUUUAGAUAAAUAGUUGGAGGAAAAAUCUAUUAAAGUAGUCUAAGGAAAGAUGUAAUUCAAGGCAUAGCAAAUAAAUGUUGAGAACUCCAUUAAGAAGUCCAGUGGUUCGUGUUUGUUUUUAUUAACGUCAGGGAGGGACAUUGGGGGAGGGGAAUAGCCAUUCUUAAAAGGGGAAAAUAUUUGAAUAAAAAUUACAAAUAAACAUGUUCUGAUAAAAUGUUCAUGUAUCUAAUUAUUUUUACAAAAGCCACCUUGCUCCUAAUUGGGGAUGAGGAAUACCAGUUUUCUAUCUGAAAGUUUGUCAUUGAGUGCUGAUCAGCUGAUCCUUACAUUUUUUUCCUGUGGAGUUACCAUUAGAACUAGGGUCACUGCUAAGAAGUUUUAUACAAGGGAGUACUAUCCAGUCCUGGAAGUAAAUCUAAUCAAAUUAUUUGCUUUCAUCAUAAGGCACUGAACCUUUAUAAGAUACAGAUACAGAAUACCUAUAUUACGACAUACUAUCAGGACAAAACUCAAGAGUUGUAACUCAAAUUCAUAUGUAGUGCAUGAAAACCUGAAAGUGAAUAGAAAUGGUUUAUGAUCAAAAGUAAAACAGACUAUUUUAUUCUUAUUGUCCAGUAUGAGAAACAAAGACUAACUGGAAUAAAUAACUUUACACUUCUGAAAAUUUCAGUGUUUUUAAAAACAUUUCAUUUAACAGAGGGUGGUGUCUAUCAUAUAAGUAAGAUUUGUUUAUUUUAACCUGACAAUGCCUCUGAUCAAUCUAGUAGUAUAAGAUUGAACCUCAUUAACAUAAAUUUCUUCUCUCCAAAUUAUUUACCUUAAUAACAAUUGCUUUUCUAGUCUUUGCGCAAUUUAGUCAAAUGUUUUGCAUGUUCCUGAAAUGUUUCCUGUCCCUAUGGUUAUUAUAUUUAUUAAAAUCUCACUUUGUACUGUCUUAAGACUCACAGAAAGGUCCACUUUGGAAAUUCUGAUAUUGUGAAUGGAUCCAGAGAUGAACAUUUUUAAUAUUACUGGAUCAUACAUAAAAAUUAAAAUAUCAGUUGACUAAGUGUGAUUUUUUUUUUUGUGAGACGUUUUAAAAGUGACCUUUAAAAAAAAAUGGAUGUGGGCCUUUUUUGGAUCCUUUGAUAUGCGCAGAAGGUCUGAAAGCAUUUUUUUUCCCCUUGCACCUUUUUUACAGUAGAAAUUUGAAUCUAAAAAAGGUGAUAAUACUUUUUCUUCCACCUUUAUAUUGUCUAUUUAGGUUGUAAGUUCUUUGGAAGAAGGACUGUCUCUUUAUAUAUUUUUACACUGUAAUACAAACUACAAUAAAUAAUGGUCUUAACCCAUUACAGUGUAAAAACAUACACCAAUCCGCUAUAAUACAAACAACAACAAUGGUUUAACUUUUGACACCAAUGUAGUUACUGCUGAUAAGAGUAAAAUCAGACCUGUUGCCUUUAUUGGGGAGUACUGCUUAAAACUCAGUAUUGAAAUAUUACCUUUUGUUUUCUGGAAAAUUAACACACAGGCUGAUUUUUGCACGCAGUCAGACAAAAUCCCCCUUGACUGUGUGUGCGAAAAGUGAACUGAUGAUUAUUUCUAUAUUGAGGAGGAAAUGCUUUCUUUGGCAACAUUGAGAAUAAACACAGAACAAGCAUGGUGAAAACUGCAUUAAAUUGCAUUGUGCGGAAAAUGAUAUUAAAUAUGGCAGAUGAAUAACUGAUUUUAGUUGGCAGCACCAGCAUUCACAACACAUUUCUAAAUUAUAUAAUAGAUUUUAAAAGAUGAAUGUGAAAAUAUGUAUAUGUGCAAAAGAUUGCUGGUAGAAAGAGAGCCUGAUUUAUGAUAAUG